GCAGCUCCCAUGGUAGCUUCCUAUCUUACAUGCUGGUUGUGCAAUAUUUCGGAUAUUUUACGUUAAUAUACAUAAUACGUGACUGGAUUUGCAUCGGCGUAGUAAGCGAUAAGUUUUACCAGCUGCAGAUCGAAGCAUGGCAGCGGCACCAUCCACAGCCACUGACGCCGUCUUGGUGAAAAGCGACGAAAUGCCAUCAGAUUCAGUAAAGGUGAAAGGUUAUGACUUCAAUAAAGGCAUUGACUUCCAUGCUUUGUUGGAAAGUUAUAAAACUUCAGGUUUUCAAGCGACAAACUUUGGAUUGGCAGUCGAAGAAAUCAAUAAAAUGUUACGAAAGAAGUCUGAACCAAUCGAAGACCAGGAACAAGCUGAUACGUACAAGUCGUUGAAUCCAUGUAAUAGAAAGAAAACUAACUGUACAAUAUUCUUAGGAUACACUUCAAAUUUGGUUUCAUGUGGUGUUCGAGAAACAAUAAGGUACCUUGUACAGCACAAUAUGGUAGACUGUGUGGUGACAACAGCAGGUGGUAUUGAAGAAGAUCUUAUCAAGUGUUUAGGACCCACAUAUGUUGGUGAUUUUCAGCUGUCUGGAAGAAUGCUGCGUGAAAAGGGGAUUAAUAGAAUUGGCAAUCUUCUUGUACCAAAUGAUAACUACUGUAAAUUUGAAAACUGGAUACUUCCCAUUUUGGAUCAAAUGUUGUUAGAACAAAAAACACAGGGAAUUAAAUGGACGCCUUCUACAAUGAUUGCAAGGCUCGGUAAAGAAAUUGACAACCCAGAAUCUAUUUAUUAUUGGGCAUAUAAGAAUAAUAUCCCAGUUUUCAGUCCAGCAUUGACUGAUGGUUCUAUUGGUGACAUGAUUUAUUUUCAUUCCUAUAAAAAUCCUGGAUUAGUUUUGGAUAUUGUGGAAGAUAUUCGUAGAAUGAACAGUCAAGCUGUGUAUGCAAUCAACACUGGGAUGAUAAUAGUGGGAGGUGGACUUAUGAAACACCACAUAUGUAACGCUAAUCUAAUGCGCAAUGGAGCUGACUACGCCGUGUACAUCAACACCGCCAGUGAGUUUGAUGGAUCUGAUUCCGGUGCUCGACCGGAUGAGGCCAUAUCAUGGGGGAAGAUAAAGAAAACAGCAACGCCUGUCAAGAUUUAUGCUGAUGCUACCCUGGUACUCCCACUGAUAGUCGCUGAAACGUUUGCCAGAAAUUUUAAAGCAACUCCAGAAUAAGAGAACAGCAGUUCUUUAAAAUAACUAUUCAAUAUAUAGGUUGCUAUACAUUUGUUUAAUGUUGAGUAAACAUGUGAUCACUACCACAAGUAGAAGGACAUCUCACACUGAGGACAGUCAUCGGAACUCAAACGUCAAGCUCAGUGAUGUCAUAGAAUAGCCAAGUAUGGACAGCGACAUAUAAUAUUGUAGUGUAACAGAAUCUCAUAACACCAUCUUGACACGUACUGGGUAUGGGCGUUAUGUUCACAUGAAACAUGGGUGUGUCCUGUUUUCAUAUUUCCAAAAGCAAAAAUACAGUAUUUCCUUCAGUCUUUAUAUUUAAUAUUUACAGGUUAGCACUUUAAAGGUUAAAGGUUAAAAGGUGAAAAAAAAACAUGCUUGUACAGAAUCCUCUCUGACCAAUCACAUUGAAAGAAGAGUAUAAGCUAAUAAUAUGAUGAUUUACUACAUAUUUGUAUGUUUUACUAAAAAAAUAUUGUCUUGUAGCGAACAUGUUUCUUUGAACCUUAUGUUGUGGGCAGGUUAUCACAAUUCUGAGAACAUUUAAUUUUAAAGGUGAAUAUAUUACAUGUAACUAAUAAAGAAGUAUGUAAGGGGGCUUCUACAGGGUAGUUAUGCGUGGAAAAGA